CAGCGCGAGGCGAGGAGGCGGAAGUCACGUGACCUAACUGUAUUCUAUCAUGUGAUGGUUCCUGCGUUUGCAGCGAAGCGCUUUACAGUCAACAGACAAACAAACCGAAAAAGCGCUUCUGAGACGAAAAACUCACACAGAGAAGAGAUUCAACCUGCUUGACGGCUGUCAUGGGGUGCUGUUUCAGCAGCGAUAGCGAAACGUCGGAGCAGAAUGAAGAGGUGAAGCCGUUGAUUCCUGACCCAAACUUAGACAGAAAACCCACCAACGGCUCGGAGCAAAACGCAGACAGCCUGCCGUCCAGCCGCACAGAUGAGCAGGCCCUGCUCACGACCAUCCUGCAGCGGACCGCUCUGAACAUAAUUGACGUGUCGGCUGUUGAUUCUCAAGGCAUGGAGCAACAUGAAUACAUGGACAGAGCCAGACAGUACAGCACCAAGCUGGAGGUGUUGAGCAGAACGCUGUCUCAGAAGAAGCCCGUUCCUCUCCCGUCUCUGACCAGUCAGCCUCACCAGGUGCUCGCCGCUGACCCGGUCCCCUACGCAGAUGUGCAGCAGGUUUCUAAGAUCGCUGCGUACGCCUACAGCGCCAUCUCACAAAUCAAAGUAGAUGCCAAGGAAGAGCUGGUGGUACAGUUUGCUAUACCAUGAUUCAAAAGAUGGACCUCCUUCCUCCCCAGUUCCUCUGUUUCUGUCUCUCUUUCUAGCCCUUUCACUCCUCCGUUCUCCUUCCAGACUUCUUGAGAUGCAGACACCCGUGUCUAUGUUCUCUGAAUGCCCUGCAGAUAAAUAUAAUUCACCCCAAACAGAGCUCCGUGUGUAAAUCCGUCAUCCGAGAGGGUAAACACAUCUGAUCUGCUAUCUUUGCGUUAAGUUUUUCAUGCCCUUUUUCACCAAAUACAUGAGUUACGCUAAACUCAACGGCGUCAAGCUGCUACGAUUGCUUCGGUGAGCUUUUGUUUGGUUUUAUUCGUUCCUGUUGAUUCUUCUUCCCUUGGCUUUUCGGUUUCCUGAUUGUUUGGAGAUUGUCAAACCAAGUAGCACAUCCAGACUUCUCAAUUAUUCUUAUUCUUGUGCGAAAGUUAAUUAUAUAUUUUCUCAGUUUGCCUGGGUCAUCUUAACACACAGGUUAUGGUUAAUUCUCCUGUAGUAUUAUUGAAUCACUGUGGCUUAGAGUUCAUUAUUUCUAAUUCAUUCUCAUAAUUGUAUGCACUGAGGUUCCAGAUUUGGAUGUGGAUAAAUAGGGGGGCGACAUAAAUAAUACUUCUGUCUAACCAGAGUAACAUGCAUGUAAUAAUGCAUUAACCAUUUUUUUUUUAAUUCUUUAUUUAACUAAUUUGCUUUCUGUGGCUGAUCUGCUUGAAAUUCCUUUAAAUAGAUUUUCAGCUGGUUUAGAUGGCAGUCUAUCACUGUUAACUACCCAAGAGCUGAAACCAUAUGAUGUCCUGCGACUUUAGACGUUAAUUUGCCAAUAGAUCGUAAUCAGGUUGGAUGCCGUAUUGAAUUUUUACGCAGAUGAAAAUGGACAGACUUACUUUACAGUCUUUACAAUAGCAGAUACAAAUUGUAUAAUGUCACAACUUUUAAACUGUUUAUAGAGUGUUUGUCUACUGAGAGUUUUUUUGGGAAGAAGCUUUAUCAUCAAUAGUGCAAUCCAUUCAAUGCACUGUACUCCAGUCCCUCACAGCCUCAUUUUCAUUCAUGUUAAGAAUUAAACAUGGCACUACUCUUGCGAAGCUCUACAUCACAAACACAUAUAGAUCAUAUCUGGUCUGUAUGCAGGGAUGUUUGACGUACUGCGCCGCGUCACAUUCAAGAUUUUAAAUCCUCUGAAGCGGCUCUGCUAUUGCUUUUAACGGAAGAGGAAGUGUUUCUCUUACCGUGCACCUUUCUUAUAACCCUUAAAUGGUUAUGCAGUCGUAACGGAAAAGGCAGACCCUGGUUAAACCGAGCCAAUAAAUAAUCAUACUGUCAGCUCCGAAUGUUUUGGAUGGGAGCGGGCGGCUUUGAAUUGGAAUUCAUAGUUUAUAAAUUAUGUUUUUGUGUCAAUGCCUUUAAUGUACAGAGUGUAAAAUGAUUCGAGAAGAAUGAUUAAUACGUGUGUAGCUGGAAGUGUUAACGGCUCUACGGCGCCCCCUGGCUGUGUUAUGCCUUAGUCGUAAGGCUUUGCGAUCGAUAGCUUGUUUUUAGCCAAGCAAACGGGGAUGCUUUUACCUUGUCUGUUCCACUUUUAACAUCAUAAAAAAAAAUUACAUUGCUUUAACUUAGUCCAUCUAAUUUUUUGCUGUUGUGCUGAAAAACAAGGAAAGAACUAGUGAUUUAAAACAACUAGCGUUCUUUCCUGAGAUGCCACACAGUAUGUUUGUGUAAUUAUUUAUUUUGGUUUUAUGUAUUUAUGCAAGCUCACUGACCAGUGCGGCACUAUUAGCUCUCGAGAUCACGGCAAGGCACCUUUGUCUUUCUCUGAGGUUUCUAAAGGGAUAAAACGCGCUGCACAUAUUUAGUUUUCUGUUGCAGUGCACUAAUAGUGUUCAAGUUUGUUACCUAAAUGUGGAAUACUACCUGAUUUCGAGAGAAAACAUUUCUUAGGCUAGUACCAAAAAAUUAAUCUCAAUAUUCUGUUAAAACUGUUUUUGUUGAAUGAAAUUAUGCAUUAAAGAUUUUCAAAAUUA